UAUUGGCGAUCAAUAAUUUACAUACUUUGGGUGUUGUGGGUGUUGUAUUUGAUAUUUGUUGAAAUUGCCGAAGAUUAAUACACAAAAACAUGUAAAAAUACGCAAUGUACAACACUGUGAUUUUACUAGAACAACGUGCCAUGGUUUUGUGUAGUAACAGAAAAAGUAUUAUUUUUUUACAUAAACUUGUAUAAGAAUAUGGAAUUAUGUGCAUUAAAGGGGUACCAUUUCUGUGCUUACUUUUGUGUCUUGUUGUAGUGAAAGGUGCAAAAAUAUCAGAAUUUGGUGUCGAUAUUGGACGUAACUUAACACUGCCAUGCCCAAUACAGGAUACUAAAGAUGUUAUGUGGGUCAGAGAGGAAAGAGAAGAUCAUCAAAUAUCACACAUGCAAAUUAUAAACAAUGGUUCUCUGUUUCUUUCUUCGGUUGAAAGAUCUGACGCUGGGAUAUAUGCUUGUUAUAAAGCAAACAGUGUGGACGAUGAAAAGGCUAGAAUGAAAGUGGUUGUGAGGACACCUCCACCAGCUUUGGGAAAUGUGUCUGUGAGGCCAAGUUCUAUUAUUGCUUUAAUCUUGUGGGAGGUCAAUGGUACUGGAGGAUAUCCUAUUAUAAAUUUUACUGCUCAAUACCGGUUAGCUGGUUCUGAUGGGGAAUGGUUACCAAUAUCACCCAAUCAUAUCACACCAAAUUCAAGACAAAUCGACGUGUACAAACUGCAGCCUAAUACAAGCUACGAGUUUCGAAUCUGGGCCACUAAUAAACUCGGUAGGGGCGAAAUAACAACAGUUAUAGGUACUACUUCACACGAGUAUCGAGAAGAAGAAUUGGCUCGACGUAUGUUAGCUGGAGCCGAUAAAUUCGACACGAGAGUGUGGGCCGUAGCCGUGGGAAUUGUCAUGGGAACACUUAUUUUACUCGGAUUGGGAACAUGUUUCUUAUUGUACCAAGAAUGUCGCCUUCCUAGUGAUUACUUCGCAGUUCCAGAAGAACAAGAGAUUAUAGAACUAGUUCCAAAUAUUAUACUGAACCCCGGCUUUGAGGGCAACUUGCAAAGCGAGCAACUGCCCGCUGAUGAAAAUUCUAAUAAUGAGACGCCUUUGCGUUUAAACAAUAAUACGGUAGUGCAGCCUAGAAACGUAUAGUUUUUUGUUUGUUUUUAUAAAAACAGGAAAUUUGGACACGGUAGGUUGAUACUCUAGUUCAUCUCGUAUGCUUGUGUUCAAGGGCUUUGCCUGAUCAUAUUGUGAUUUAACGUUAGAUAUGUUAAGUUUUUAAAUGUUUUUUUAGUUGAGUCUAUUAUGUUGCGAACAAUUUUAUUGCAGUUACCUUUAUUCUAGUCAUUUUUCGCAUAAUUUUAGAUCAAAACCAUUUUGUAGUCUUGCGCAUUUACAAUACAAAUUUACAAAAAUAUAAUGGCUUCCAACGUCUACACGAUUGGUUGUAAUUGUCACAGAUCUGCAACAUAUUUUUAUAAACCGUUUUCUAGACAGUAUUUUAUUUUUUACGUUGCCAAAUCUGAUAAGAUUAUGGUUUUUCGUUUCUUUUUAUAGUCAUUUAUUACUGCAAUUAUAAUUUAUGGUUAUUAAUUUCUUUGUAAAAGCUCUAUCAAACCCGAAAAUAUAAAAAUAAUUAAUAGUUUUUCGUAAUAACUUACGUCAAGUAAUAAAACUACAAACAAUAGACUUUUUCCAACACUAAUAUGAUCUUAUACUGUUUCUAUGGUGCAUUUAAACUUACCUUUUAUGUAGCCCCUAAUAUUCGCUCUAUACGUCGUGAAUGACGACAUUUUGUCAAUUUUAACAUUAUUUUGACUAAUUUCUUUAUAAUCAUUUUUGAAUUUAGUAAAAUUUCUGAUCUAAUAUUAGUGUUGAAAAAAUUUUUGAAGACAACAUGACUUUUAUAGCUUAAAAAUCUCGCUCUAUUUAAAAUUACGACUUUGAUUUUUAAACUGUCUAUAAAACUCGUGUUGUCUUAAUAAAUAAUCUAAUUGUAGCAUUUUCUAGUUAUAUGAACUUUUUAUUUUCUUUAUUUGUUUAUUACAAACACAUUUAUCAUAAUCUUAUUAGAUUUGUGGCUCCUGCAUUAAUUUUAUUUGACUGAAAGUAGAAAAAUGUGUUGCUUUUUAUUUAUCUUUAAAUUUUGAUCACAUAGAACGUUUAUAAGUUUAGUUUAGUUUUUACACUCGGAGUUGUGAAUACUUAGUUCCAAGUGCAAGGUUGGCUUAUAAAUCUUGUACCAGCAAAUAGAUAGUUACUUGAACGAGGUUGUAAUUUUUUUCUUGUGCCUAAUAGUUACGGCAAAUAAUAGGUAGCAUAUCAUUUAGAGCUGUUAAUACUCAUUUAUUUAACGCAAUAAUUUUUUUGUUUAAUUUUCUUCAAUGAAAAACCAUAUGUUGUGAAAAUGUAUCAGUGCCUAUGAUAGUUUGAUAAUACUUGUAAUAGCUUUGAGCACAUUUUGUGACAAAAUAGUUAUAAUAAUCACAGACUGAUUUUUAAUUUUCUAAUAUAAUAUAGAAAGUAAAUGCAUUGUGCAUUUAUGUCUUAAAAGCUUUGUUGUAAUAAACUGCGUGGCAUUGUAUAAACACUGGUUUUGCGGAUGGUGUUAAAUCAGAAUUUUAAGCAAUGGAUUGUAAGAUAAUAACAUAAGGCUCAAAAGAAUACAUGUUUUUAACUAAUUUACAAUUUAUCUAUAAGUGGUUGAAACCAAUUAAAAUAAUAAUUAAACUAAAUUUCAAAACAGCCUUAUAUUUUUCUUUUUUUAAUUACGGUGGAACAAAUUUCUGUAAAAACAUUUUUUUUGCAGGAAAUUGUUUAUUUUAUCUUUUUGCUAACAUAUAUAUAUUGAAGCAAUAUUUAACCAUUUAUAGAUAGAUUCUACAAAUCAAUCAAUCGAUGUUUACAGUUAAUUGAUGGAAAUUGUGGAAAUCAUCUUACAAGCUGUUAAAUAAUCUCCCAAAUGUUUUAAACUAAUUAAAAUAAAACAGAGAUAAACGAAGAAGAAAAUAGGACAUGUACCAAAAUUAUUUUCUCACUUUUAUUACAUAGAAAUAACAAACUCAGACCCACUCCAUGAUAAAUUUUGGGAGAUUAGGAAAUCACUCAUUGAUUCAUCAUUCACGCCAUCACUCGCGAACAUUGCAAAAUUAUGAACAUUCUAGUGAUAAAAAUGAUAUUACAAUGAACUUGGAAAAGUUGUUAUGGAACAUUAUUAAAAUCUGAAAUACUUAUAGGUACAUACAUAAUACUUAUUUAUAAUUAUUAAUAUACAAACAAAACUCCAAUAAACGUUUACUCCGAAAAAAGGGAAACUUUUUAGUUGAUUGGGCAGUAAACAUUAUUGGAUCAUUUGCAUUUGUUUCAUGUUAAUAUGCGAUAGAUACGAUCAUAUUUAUACAGUGUGCUUUUAUACAAAUACCAUUUUACUUGUAACGUGUAUGUCUUUGUAUUGUCAUAUUCAUAUCUAUACAUAAAAAUUAAAUCGAUGUAUAAAAUUAAUUUUGAUACAAGUUAUCAGUGAUACCUAAUCGACUUUCGUGUAUUUUGCUGUAUUUAUUUUUGGUCAUGUAUGUAUACUAAUUGCUUCCUUUAGGUUUCAUCAUCAAUUUGGCUUUGUAAUGUUAGAUGAAAUCUUAAAUAGGGUGAUCUUCCACAUGCGAUUUUUGCGAAAAAGACGGUGUUUUAAAGCCUCAUUUUGUUACCAAAUUAAAUCUAUACAGGGUGUCGCCAUAUGUAAGCUCGUCGAGACAAGAUCGAUACUGUAAUAUUUGUUACACAUUUCUAAAGGUUGGAUGCUAAGAAGUGUUGGCUUAUUAAAAUAUCCAAUUAUGUUUGUUUUUGGUGGAUUUGGUGUUGUUUUAAACGUUUUAUUGCUGGUUGCAAUUUACUGUUAUGCAAUAUAAAUUAUUUUGAUAAUUAACAACUAACAAUAGGUUCACUGUUACAACAAGUUAUAAAUCAAACGGAAAAAUAAUUGACUUUUCCAAACAUGUGCCUUUGUACCAGCUUGGUACUUUGAGCUGGUUGAACCAAUUAGUGUCACUGGUUCAAAUGUCAAAAUUUUAAACUUUUUAAAGGGCGUAAUAGCAAAUACUACCAGCAUUAUAAAAGAUUCUUUCUAGAAAAUUGUUAUUAUUUUUAACAUUUGUGCCAACAGUCACACUUUUUCAUUUGGUUUGAUAAACGCAUACCUCAUAUUUAAAAAAAAAAAACACAUA